CGGGAAUCUCCUGACGUCAGGGCGCCAGCGCGUUCUCUUAUCGACAAAGCGCGGGUUUCACCACUGAGAGGUAUCGACGGAAGAGUUUCGCGCCAGGAGACAAUACUCCGCAUCCUGAAAACUCAUCUCGAUACGGCACAUGUAAUCUCGGCACCUAACGAGGUCGCCCAUCAUGCCUUACAACAAGAAAAGGCAGGCCGGCUCUGAGAGCGACGCAGAGCAACAAGUGACCAAAAAGCCAAAGGGCGAGAAGAAUGCGCAGAAGGACCUGAAGCAAGGCACGGAUGCGGAGGGCAAUCCGUAUUGGGAGAUUGGCAACAACCGACGCAUCGGCUCCUCCAAAUUCAAGGGCUCCACCUUGGUCAAUAUUCGAGAGUACUACACUGCCCCAGAUGGCGAGCUGAGGCCAGGGAAGAAGGGUAUCUCACUCACCCUGGAGCAAUACAAAGCUCUUCUCCGGGUCAUCCCGGAGCUUAAUGAACAACUCCGCUCUCAGGGCCACGAUGUGGGCAGCAUACCGGCAGCUGAGGCAGGCGCCUCUGUGGUGAAGCGCGCGAAGCCGCAAAAGCCGAACAUUGAUGCCACGAGUGACGAGGAGGAAGAUGACGAGUGAGGGAAACCCAAGCUAUUUUACAAUGCGUCUUAUUUCCAUUUCUGCAUUUUGGGCGUCGGUUCCGGGGUUUGAUUGUUCAAUCGGUGCGAAGGGACGCCGGUCAGGUCGCAUAUAAUACCAGAUGAGAAUUGACUGCGAAUGCUUUUGGUCAUUGCACUAUUGAGAUCACCAUGAUGAAGCUGUCCAAGUCGGUGCUGCCUACAAGCAAUCUUCGGUUUUUUUUCCGCUGCAGAGCCAACC